CGAACAACCACUGGGCGGUGAUGGACCAUUCCACUCCUUCGAACACAAACUUCCUCGCCGUUAACAUUUCUCGCUCGCCUUUGAUACCCAUGCUUAGUAGCUCUGAUCUGACGACGCGUCAUGAAUCGCUCCCAACCUUGCCAAUUGCCGUGCCAAUGCAUGCCGCCUCUUCAAUCCUGACUUUACUCAAAGCCGCCAACGAUGAUUUGCUAGCUCACGUCGCCCGUGUUCAAGAUGUCAUCAAAGAGACUUGCGAGUUAUUGGAUCUACAGUAUGGGAAGGCGACUUGAGACUGGAACGCACGGGACCUGAUCAAUAUAUAUGUUGUAUCCCCCCUGUAUAUCCACCACUUGUUCUGUAACGACCACAACCAUGUCCGCGAGUACCCACCAAGGCACUGCUCAUCAACUCGAGACUAAACUCGCCCAUCGACCCGAGAAGGCUGAACUCGUCGAGCGGAAUAUAUUGAAGGACGACAGGGGAUUGGCUCCUGCAUUGGUCGCUGCCAAGGAGAAGCUCCAGAAGGCUCGGCUCGAAGACCAAUUGGCCAAUGCCAUCGCCCAUCGCCCCGACCGCGAGCAGCUCGAGAAGACCGGCAUAUUGAAAGAUUCCAUUCAAGGCGAAGAAGCGCCUGCUUCAGCGUGAAAUAAGUAGUUGCAAUGCACCUGUAAGAUAAUGUACACCUGGAACAUGCAUUCAAUCGCCACGAGAGCUCCUGUUCUUUAACCUCUCCCUCAUCUGGGAAGCAGCCCGAAGGGUGCCUGCUCCACCAGCCCAACCUCGUUGUCGCAGCCAUCCCACAAGCGACGGCGUGAGGUACGCAGUCAAUCCCACUCGGAUGGGAAGGAAUAGGGUUUUAUGCACCGUGUAUGCCAAUAUGAGCAUGGCAUACAAGCCUUCAUAUCCGCCCCCCAUUGUAGUUGCUGAGUCCAAUUCAUCCCGUCCUGGCUCCGGAGGUUUCGAGUGAAUCAUUCCGAGCGCAAAUUCCUUGGCGGUUGUAGUCAGACGCUCGACGUAUUCUGCACCAAUGACAUUGAUGAGGCCGAAAGCAACACCAAAAUCCAGGGCAGAGAGAAUGAUGUAGACACCGAGCGCAUACCAUCCAUAAGAUUUGAAGAGAUGCUUGAGACGUUGCAUCCUUGUCGCAUCGGGAGGUAAUGGAGAUGAGUCUUGGAGCGGAGGCGAUGACAGACGCGCAGGAAAGUGCGUAAAAAGACGAGAGUUGGAGGAGCGUGGUGCCAUGGUGAGGGGCAGAGGGGUCGGACGCAGAACUCGGAAGGUAGGCAGAAUUGCGGGAGACGUUCGCAAGAGAGGCAUUCUCGAAAGAAAGCGUCUUAUCAUCAUGGUGGUGAGGAGGGUACGGUCUGUAAGUGCUUUAGCAUCACGGAGGGCGACACAUUCGGAGAAAGGCACUUGCAAACAGAAAGAAUGAGUUCG